AUAAAAUAAUAGUUUUAGAGACAAAUAAGUUUAAUUUCAGAGACAGAAAAUAUAUUAGUCGAGUAUAACAUAUUUUAGGAGACAAUUACUUUAUGUGCCGCAAAAUUUUGUCGCUAAAGGUUAUUUUUCUUGUAGUGAGUAUACUAUAAUUCUGGAGUAUACCACAUCAUCAUAUAUAUAUAUAUAUAUAUAUAUAUAUUAUUAGCAAUUGUUCAUUUCAUUUACUAUAAAUAAAUGAAAAUUGAUUAUAAAAUGAAUAAUAAUUUUUCAGUUCCAUCAAAUCAAAAUUUAAAACAUUUAUUUUAUAUAUGUCUUAACAAUUUACUAAUGUAAUUUUAUGUUGUAGUGAAUAACCUACUUUUCUAAUGUAGACAACAGCUGUGCACACAACGUUUCUAUUAAUAGUUUGAGCGUUUUACUUAGGGUUAAUAUUUUUGUAUGACCUGAACUUUGACCAAAAUAAACAUCCUGGCCAAUUUUUUCGAUCUAUAACAUCCUGGCCCGAACUACACACCAAAAUAAACAAUUUGGCCAAACCCGAUGUUUGACCGUUAACUUGGACGGUCAAACGCGUUGACUAACGGUCAACGCGCCACGUCAAUGCCACGUUACUGCCAAGUCAGAAGAUCUGAUAAAUAUUUAAUUUUUUUUUGUUUUUUAUUUGUGUUUUAACUAAGGUAUUAGAUGAUUUUUUUUAAUUUAUAAUAAUUUAAAAUUAAGGAAUGUGUGGAAAUUGUGAAUUAUUUUAAAUAUUUUAUGCUGACUUGGCAGUGACAUGGCGCGUUGACUAACGGUCAACGCGUUUGACCGUCCAAGUUAACUGUCAAAAGUCGGAUUUGGCCAAAUUGUUUAUUUUGGUGUAUAGUUCGGAUCAGGAUGUUAUAGAUCGAAAAGAUUGGACAUGAUGUUUAUUUUGGUCAAAGUUCAGGCCAUACGAAAAUAUUAACCUUUUAAUUAUCUAAUCAACUAAGUAUGUAACUCUUUUCAGCAAAGAAAGCUUAAUUAUCAAAAUGAAUUAGCCCUAGGUAUUUCCCCCAAAACAGAAGCCGAAUAAAAGGUGUACGUGUGAAUGGCUGAGCUUACUUAUAUGGUUGGGACAGUCUUAAUUAUGGAUUUGGCGGAAUUCAUGUCACAGUUAGUCUUAAUUAUUUGAGCUAAGACUGAUUGACCAUGAGACGAUGAAUGAAGAAGAAGAACUUCUGGACCACCAUCUCCAGCUAGCUAGGACUGAUAGGAACAUGUAACGUCGCGAAUCAAGAGUUCCUCUUUGAGGUGAGGAGAAAGAUCAUUAAUGCUUUCUUUUGUAAAACGACAAAACUAUAUAUGUGACCUAGGAAAGGCAGCCAAUCUUUUGCUCUAAUAAAGUGUUUGGUCUAUAUUUCAUGCAUGAUUGAUCGUCCAAUUAAGACAUCUUUUUCGUGGAGGACCAUUACAACUGCCGUCGACUCGUCCUCUACUUGUGGUAGUUUCCCACUCAAGGUCUUUUUCCAGCAAAGAAAAGAGUGGUUGGUUUCCGAUUAUGCCCCUCCGGAAUUUUCUUGCUGAGAUGCGCCGGCUACAGUGUCAUCGUGAUAAGUGAUAUUGAGCUGCCUAUAUAAAGCCUGCCGCGGUAGCCUUUGUGAUACAAACCAUACCCGAGAGAGAGAGAGAGAGAGCCAAAUAUACCUGUUGUUGUGAGAUAAGGAAGGUUAAUAAUCUCCUAUUUCCAUAAGAAGAAGCGUGUUCUUUGAAAUGGCGGCGACAAUGGAGGUUGGAGGUUCUCUUCCUUUUCCCAAUGCUCAUCAGUUUGCUGCAAGCUCCAAGGAUGUUGAACACUCUCUUCCUGUUCCCAAUGUUCAAGAGGUGAGCUCCCAAGAGGUUGGAGAUUCUGUUCCUGUUCCUGUUCCCGAUGUUGAACAAUCGAGCUCCCUGGAAGUUGGAGGGUCUCUUCCCGUUCCCAAUGUUCAAGAGCUGGCUGCGGUCUCGGAGGAUGUAUCGGCUAGGUACAUACGACCAGAGCGCGAGCUGGAACAAGUUGCUAAUGGUGAGUUUGGUCAAAUUCCAGUCAUCGACAUGAGCAAGCUCGUUGGCGAUGACAAGGAGGAGUCCGCUAGACUGCAUUCGGCUUGUAAGGAAUGGGGAUUCUUUCAGGUGAUCAAUCAUGGGGUUGCCGACGAGGUGAUUACCAAGAUGACGGAGAAUAUUCAAGAGUUUUUCAGCCUACCGUUGCAAGAAAAAAUGGAAUAUGCACAACUGCCAACUGGCAUGGAAGGAUACGGCCAAGCUUUUGUUUUUUCGGAACAGCAAACACUUGAUUGGGGUGACAUGUUGUUCAUCAACGCAACGCCUAUCAAUGAAAGAAGAAUGAGGUUCUGGCCGAAAAAUCCCGCUUCUUUCAGGGAAACUCUCGACAAGUAUGCGGCAGAGCUGGAAAAGGCGGCUAGAAGGUUGAUGGUUUCCAUGGCUAGGAACUUGGGAGUGGAGCCAGAAAAGCUGCUCAGUUUGUUCGACGACGGUGUGCAAAGCCUGAGAAUGAACUACUAUCCGCCAUGUGAGCAAGCUAGCAAGGUCACCGGUAUUGCCCCACAUGCCGACGGCACUGGAUUGACUCUGUUGACUCGACUGAAUCAAGCACAAGGUCUGCAAGUCAUGAAAGAAGGGAAAUGGGUUCCCAUUGAUCCUCUUCCAGGCGCAUUCAUCGUCAAUAUCGGGGAUAUGCUUGAGAUUAUCACCAAUGGAGAAUACAAGAGCAUAGAGCACAGAGCAUUAGUGAACGAUAAAAAUGAGAGGCUAUCAAUUGCAUCGUUUCACGACCCAAGCAUGAACAUCAUGGUUGAACCAUUACCAGACCUUCUCAUCAAGGAUCAAAAGAAACAAGCACCAAAUUAUAAAUCUAUAUCCCACCGUGAUUAUAAGAAGAUUUCGAGGCAAAUGAAACUCGACGGCAAAGACAGAGGCUUCAUUACCCAUAUGAAAAUAGAAGCCUAAGCUGGAAGACCAAUGAAUUCAAGCUGCUCCAUGGUCAGAAAGAAGCCGAAAAGUUCCGAAUGAAUAAAUAAUGCAAUGGGAUGGGAUGUUUUUCUUAAUUAUGAAUAAUCUGAUGCAUUUGAUGAGCAUCGUGCCAGGUGGGCGAAUAAGUAUUAUUGUUAAGUAUUUCCGUAUUAUUAAUUGUGUCUUGCUUAUUAUGUUAUUGUUUACUUAUGUGUUUUAUGAUCUGUGUGUCUUGUUUGAGAGAAAAAUAAUUUAUGAAAUUAUUCCUAUAAAUUUGUACUUUCCUCUACGUUUUCUCCGUGAAUAAGAAGUCAAGUAAUUAUAAUAGUAAUUUAGUUGCAGUUUUAUUAAUUUUUGUAGUUCUUCAUUAUUAAUUUAACGCAAGAUCAUCGAAACUCAACACAUAAAACCAAUUACACGUCAAAAUCAUGCUAAUGGAACGUUGUGGGUUCUUAUUUAUCCGAAUUAACCAUUUUGAGAUCAGAUUCGGACUCUGUAACCUAGUGACUAGUACCAUAAUCACUCAAACUAGAGAUUCUCAAUUCCAUAAGAAAAUAAGCUAAAAACAGAUAAGAUAGUGUAGUAGUACUAGAUAGAAAGUUUCAUAAGAUAUCAUCUGCCUCAAUUUCUUGUUAUUUGAAUAUCAUUAUGAAUUCCACAUGCUCAACCGCAAUAUUAAUGCAUCCAACCAAACCACGUCCCUUUAUUGUGCUUACUGGAAGCUAGCCAAGGGGAAGUUAGAAAUUAAUCAAUUAUAUAUAUAUAUAGCCUCCCCAAAAUAGCGUUAGCUGUUGGCGAAAAGGGAUCGAUUCGUCGACACCCCACUUUCCAUUAGCAACCCGCCAUACACCCCACUGCGGCGGUAUCUUUUCCUUCUCCAUCAGGUACGUACUAACAUGGUCGUCACGCCGCCGAUGAAAUGCUGGCCGGUUGAACUUACUGGCAUCCGUGGAAUGCCGGCCGAUUGAAUCUAGUUCAAUAAAUGUUAAUUGGAAAACCAAAUUGAACACCACCUGUAUUAAUGUUAUGAUCGAUUACGACCUCUAAGCAAAAUGAUGACGUUAUAGUGAAUUUAAUAAAUAAAUAGAUAAAUAAAAUAUAUUAUUUAUUUUAUGUAGUUAAAAGUGAAAUAUAUAUAUUAUUUGUUGAAUUCGAGUGUAAACUUUUAGAUAUUGACGUUAAAUAUUGUAUUUAAAUAUGAGUAUUUUUUAUUUUAUUUGAAAUGUCGUAUUUUAUUUAAAUAUGAAUUGUCAAGAAAUUUGUUUCAAAUAUAUUUUAUGCAUGAUUAAAUUCAUUUAGUAAUAAUAUUUUUUUCAUAUUUGGGUCAUGGACACGAUUGGCCACUCCAAAUGAAUGCUACGUACGUAAUUAAGGGGUCGUUUGCUUGUUGUAUUUGGGUCAUGGAUUUAGUACCCAAAUCUCAAAUUUAAUGGAUUUAACACAAGUCCAUUGUUUGUUGAAGGGUGCUAAAUCCGUGGGGUCCACGAAUUUGGUCUUUAUUUUGGAACCAAAUCCGUGAACCCUACGGACUUGUAAAUCCCACAUAUUGAUUUGGGAUUUGCAAAUCUUUGAUGGUUAGUUAUUUAUUUAAUAAAUCCAUCAUCAAAUCUAUCAUGCAAACAUUAGACUCUUCAAAUCCAUAAUCCAAUAAAUCCAUCAUAAAUUCCAAAAUUUUUGUUGGCCAAAACCCUCAUUUUUCAAAUCCAACGAGUAAAAAGUUGGCACUGGGUGCAAAAAAAAAUGAGGCACGUGGCUAUGCUAGCUUGUUCUUAUUUCAACAAACAAAUGAGAAGAAAAUGGGCUGAUUAAUUAACUGAAUGGGUCGGAAUGGAAAGCCUUUAUUAGUUGGUUGUGAUGUCUAAGGAAUUAAUCUGUGCACCAAUAAGAGUACUUGCACUAC